AUGAUAACAUUCGGCGGUGCGAACACCUCCACGGCUGCGGAGGACACAGGCGAAGUGAGAAGCAUCUGCGAGAGUGUGUGCAGUGAUGGAUCUAACGCGACGGUGCAGCCCGGGGCGUCCAACCAGCGACCUCGGAUGGACAUCGCCUGUGUUUUGGACGUUACCCAAACUUCCAACCUAACACACAGAAAAAGAGCUUUAGAAGAAGUCCGUUUGGCCUCCGACCUGGUGAACGCCAAUUUGCACCACAUUCAUUUCGAAAAACUAGACUUCGGCGAGACGAAUGUGCUGGACACGUUCUACAAUGCUGAUGUGGCGCUGGUGGACCUCAGCGUGCAGGUGCAGCAGAGCUCGUUGCUCUACCACCUCGGAGUGAGAGAGAGCUUCGACAUGAAAGAGAAUGUGCUGCUGUACAAUGAUGUUGAUCCUGACGCUACGUUGCGGCUUAAGAUGUCGUUGCCGAACUUCCUGUUCGUUUCGUACAAGCUCACCGAGGCGGGAACGUGCGUCACCACGAAUCCUGCAGCUACAAAGUUCAAGGGGGAAGAGACAGCAGAUCCUAAACAGCAUCUUACGUUGCGCCUCAAGAAUAUCUUGCAAGAUGUCGAGGUUCAAACCAAAGCACACCUCCAAGAGAAAUUCCUGUCGGAUCUACGCAAAGCCCGAGAGACAUACAGCGGGCAGGAACUUGCCAAUGUACUGCAUGCCAUGCGACGUCGGCUAGAUGACCCUGCCGUUCUAUCAGGAGACACUAUCCUCAACAUGCUCAUAUCAUACCGGGAGAUACAGGACUAUGACGCGAUUGUACAAGUCGUCGAUGAUCUGAAAACCAUAAUGAACAGGAAAAACUACGUUAAAAUGCCAAUCAUAAGGUUCAUGUACGCUUUUGCGAUGAACAGACGGAACAAAGAAGGCGAUCGCGAGAACGCGUUAAAAGUAUGUGUGAAGGCGUUGGAAAAGAAAGAGAAUCGGUUCCCUGACAUGUUGUGUCUCUGCGGUCGCAUCUACAAGGACAAAUUCGUUGAAUCUCAACACACGGACAAGGAGAGCUUAAACAGUGCUAUUCACUGGUACAGACAAGGUUUUGAAGUGCAGCCAAAUGAAUAUGCGGGCAUCAAUUUAGCAACACUGCUUGUGAUUGCCGGCAACGAUUUCAAAAAUUCACAAGAGUUACAACACAUAGGUAUGGUAUUGAACCAUCUUAUAGGUAAGAAAGGAAGUCUUUCAUCUCUAAAAGACUAUUGGGACGUGGCAACGUUCUUCGAGAUAUCCGUGCUAGCACAAGACUACGUGAAGGCGAUACAAGCGGCUGAAUGUAUGUUUAAACUGAAGCCACCGAAUUGGUAUCUCAAAAGCACCAUAGGGAAUAUAGAACUUAUUGAUAGAUUUAGGAAAAGUGAAGAGACAUCUCCCGAGCAGCAAGUGUUCUCAUUUUGGAUGGAAUAUUUUGUAGAAGCCACAAAAAAUAGUGAUGAAAAUAUCAUCAGAUUUCCAGUGUUAAUAUUAGAAACAACGAAAGUGUACAUGCCUUCGUAUGUAAAUGUGAACAUGGGCGCGGAGCAGAAGUCCGUUGAGAUACUGAACCUGUGUCUCGACUCGAUGCGCGGCCAGUGUCGUCAGGUGCAUCGGUGGUUGUUCACGUCGGACAUGAUCAGGAGUUAUAGUUUGUACAAACGCGACGAGAGAUGUCUAUUUCUAUACGUGAGCGAGAAUUCUGACGAUUUCCAAAUAUUCCUGCCUUCGCUGAACUGUCGACAACGCUUGCACGACUUGCUGGGCGAGCUGACGGCCGACCACGAGAAGGUCACGGAUUUGGACACCAGUGUGAUGCAGGAUCAGUUGAAGUUCGAAUACGAGUUGGACGACAACAACAAGCGCGUGGUGUUGGGCAAGGGCACGUACGGCGUGGUGUACGCGGCGCGGGACCUCAACACGCAGGUCCGCAUCGCCGUGAAGGAGAUCCCCGAGCGGAACCUGCAGGACGUGCAGCCGCUCCACGAGGAGAUCCUGCUGCACUCACAGCUGCGGCACAGGAACAUUGUGCAGUAUCUGGGAUCAAUAUCCGAAGAUAACUAUUUCAAAAUAUUUAUGGAGCAAGUGCCCGGAGGCUCGCUAUCCGCAUUGCUGAGGUCCAAAUGGGGACCGCUGAAAGAAAAUGAGGCAACUAUAGCUUAUUACACUAAACAAAUUCUGGAAGGUCUAAAGUACUUACACGAUCAAAAGAUCGUCCAUCGCGACAUAAAAGGCGACAACGUGCUCGUGAACACGUACAGCGGAGUCGUGAAGAUAUCCGACUUCGGCACUUCCAAGCGACUGGCCGGCCUGUGUCCCUCCACCGAGACGUUCGCGGGCACGUUGCAGUACAUGGCGCCCGAGGUCAUCGACAAGGGACAGAGGGGAUAUGGAGCUCCUGCGGAUAUUUGGUCACUCGGAUGCACCGUAGUAGAAAUGGCAACUGGAAACCCACCUUUUAUUGAAUUAGGUUCACCGCAAGCAGCUGUUUUUAAGGUUGGUUAUUAUAAAAUGCACCCGGAGAUACCGAGCGAGUUGUCACAGAAAGCGAAAAAUUUCAUUCUACGUUGCUUCAUACCAGACCCCGAGAAACGAGCCACCGCCGCUGAACUGCUUGAGGACCCGUUCCUUUGCGAAAAAAAGAAACCGACCAGCCGUCUAGGCGGUAACAUGGAUUAUAGCCGCAGCAUUUCAGUGCCAGCGGAUAAGGCUCGGCCAAUCACCGCUCAGAAAAAGAUCUCCGAGCCAAGCAUGCCGGGGAAUGUGCCCAAUUCGCCAGAAAUCGAGGUGAAAACGAUCCGGUCUAACCCGACAAUCACUAGGACGGCCUCGUCGAUGCUAUCACCGAUACUGAUAUACCCACCGGACCUGUCCAAUAGCAGCACUAUGCCAAACACGCCUUCGACUGACGAAAUGGACAAUGGUGAUACAAUUCUGAACAGGCGGAGUUCGUCAGGCGGUUUACUGUCUCCAGAGGUUGACAUGACUAACGUCACUCGGUCGUCUAUAGACGGCGAACAAGACGGUUUCUACCUUCUAAAGAAAGACUCCCAACGUCGUCUCACUUUGUCUCGCGUGUUAGAGCAGGACAGCGAGAAGAUAUGCUCGAAAUGGAUGCUCAGCGUGCAACAGGACUUUGGCAAUACUGUUCUUACUAUGAAUCACCUAGAAACCCUAAGAUGCGCGCUCAAGGAAUACAUCAUGGAUCAAAACAGAGCGGUCAUAGAGCAAGCGAUAACAACGCUAAAGGAAGAGUUGGAUUUCGACUCCAACGCAAUAAACGAGUUGCAUUCAGCGAUAUACAUGUUCCAAGAGGCUGUAAACACUGUAUUGAGGAUGCACAGUAUCAAACCUCAUUGGAUGUUCGCCUUGGACAAUUUAGUAAGGAAUGCGGUGCAGGCAGCUAUUACUGUGUUAUCGCCAGAGCUGGGCGCGAACCUGGCGGGGCAGGAGACGCGGCGCGCAGGCGCGGCGGGCGGCGCGGAGGCGGGCACGCCCUCCGCCCUCUCCACCGCCACCUCCGCCCGCGACCACCACCACCACGCGCUGCGCCACGAGAACCACAAAUUGCACCAAGAAUUACUUGAAAGUUAUCAACAUUACCAGGCGCUACUUAGACAAAUGUUAGAGGAGCAAAAAGUUCAGACGCAAAUUAUACGCGAGUUAGUCGACAGGCGAAACAGGAGCAGCAGUCCGUCCGAGGCGUCGGUGUCGGCGGAGGCGGAGGCGGCGGAGGAGCCGCUGGCGGCGGCGGCGGCGGAGGAGGUGCGCGCGUGGGCCGGGCGCGCGCUGCCCGCCGCCGCCGCGCGCGCGCUCGUGCGCCAGCACUACGCGCUGCCCGACCUGCUGCAGCACGCCACCAGGGACGACCUCGCACGGCUCAACCUCAAAGGCGGCAUCGAACUCCGUCUAUGGCGCGCGAUACAAGAGCAUCGCUUACAAACAAGUCCCGGCCAUCUCCGCCGCACCAGCAGCACCGAGACAGACAUGGACACCAACUCAAUGGUCGUAGUUGAGUGUCAACGGUGCAAAACGCUGCGACGCACGAUAUCGACUAACUCGACUUGCUCGAACAACCCUACCGUCGUGAUCAGAGACCAACAAGUCAACGGUGAUGAUACAGUAGCCGAGUACUAUGGGGAGAACGGGGUGGUCAACCUUUGACUAUUACGCGGAUGGUGCACUCUGCAAUAGGUCUCGCAGGUCUGUGUUGCCAGGUAACUUACUCGAUCAAAAUAUCGAUUUGAUUGAAGUAAAUAAUCGAUAUAAUAAAUAUGAUUCAUCGUACGAAAUAUCGAUCUGGCAACCUCAUCCCCAAGCCAGUAUAGGGCGCUCAUUUAUUUGUAAAUAUUUAAACCUAUAGGAGACUAAAUGACCUGAUAAAUAUACUUAACACAACGGCAUAGAAACACUGAAAGAACUAAUUAAAGUUCUAAAAUGAAUAGAGAAACACACUGAGAGCGUCUACUACUAGCACAGUCCUUACUUAAUUACACUAAUAGUAAUCGAUUAACCAAACGCUUAUUAAAAUGGCAAAAUUGUUAAUACAAGUGCUGUAUAAUUAUAGUAUCGCGUUAAGUUACCAUCUUUCAAGUCCACGUUGUAUUGUGGGGUCAGUUUAUGGUAUCCAAUAUAUCUAGCUUUAUUUCUGUUUACAUUAAUAACAUACAUAUUUUCAAAUGCAAUGAAAGUCAAAUAGAAGCAAAAAUCAAUUUUAAAUGUAGCCCCUGAACACUUAUACGUAUAUAUACUUAUAAGUAUACGCGAUACUGUAAUGUAAAGAAACAAUAUUUUUAAACGCUUAAAUUUCCCCGGAUUUGUAGUAACUGCGUCGCUAACGCUUCCUUACAAAUUAAUACAAAGCUAAAACUGCUUGAGGCCUUGAGUGUAUCGUCCAAAUUUAAUCACAUGUAAAUAUAGUAAUCAUUUUGUAUUUAUUCGCUUUUUGACAUCGUUUCGUUGUUACUAGUCUAUUGUAAAUAAAUUCCCAUUAAAAUUGUCUCACUUAAUCGAGUUUUAGUGUCACUCGAAAAUCGGUAAAGGAUUGUUUUUAUUCAUAUUUCGCACAAACAUUGUAAAUGGUGCUAUCACAUUGUGAUCGUAAUUUUAGGAGAAAGUGCCUUUCGUUAUUGCUUAAAGUUUUGUGAAUAAGCUUGGUAAGGGUAUCGAUAUAUCGAGAAAGGACAUUGUUAGAGACAUCCCUAUUUUGCUUAGCAAUUGCAAUAUACGACGAAAUAAUGUUACUAUUUGUAACAUUUAUAAAGAAAAUAGUUUUUGCGCUAUUAAAACAAGCAAUGACAGAAACUAUAUUUAAAAAAAUAUUUUUAUGAAUAAAUCUACCGUUAUUUAGCAAAAUAGGGAUGGAGUUAGUGUCUUUAAGGAUUCGCGCAGUUACACUGCAGUUAUUAGAUCACGCGUCACAAAUUGUGAUCACAUAUAAUUCACAUAUAGGUUAUACACAUGUUAAUUUUAUUGUUACGAGUGCCAUACGUACCCAUUGUAUAGUAUUAUAUAUUUUAUUAGUGAUAUACGUUAGUUCGUACACUGCUGUUAAUAUACAAUUAGCCCUUUAAUUGGGGUUGUUAUUCGGCUUAUAAUUAACCGAUCUUAAUAUGGCGGUUAUGAAUAACAAGAGAUGUUCAUGUGUGUAGAAGUAUGUCCUUGAUUUUUAUAUCGACCAACUAAACAAUAAUAUAUCAGUGUUGUGUUCAAUACAUACAACUACAUACAUAAACAACUCUUAUCGAUAAUAUACGCCCUAUUACAGUCGAUUACGGUGCAAGUGGAGAGCGCCUUAAAAUCCCAACAUAAAUGUCGGAUUGUUACCUGUUCAGUAGAAUAGUGUCAUCCUUGCCACUUAGUCCGUAAGUCGACUUUUAAACGGGGACAAAAAAACAUACAUAAGCCGAACACCAAAGUUUACAUUUCUUAGAAAUGUAAUGUAAUGAUCUGAGAGUCACAUAUUUAUAACGAUCAAUAAAUAAUUUUGAGCGUUUUGCGUGUAGCUUUACGUCUUAAAGUGGUGUGCACAAGACGUACAGUGACGUCACGGAAACGCAUGCGAAACGAGAUUGGCGAAAAUCUCACUUGUAUAAGAUUUAUAUCGAACCAAGUUCUAGCGCUUACGAUUUAUGAGAAGUGUUUUAUUAGGAUAGGUGGUUUAAUGUGCUUCCUGAAUGCAUACAUAUUAACAUAUUUAACGUAUCGAGGCUAUAUUUACACUUAAAAGUUUCAAAUAACGUGCAUACACGAUAUUUUUCUAAGUGAAAAGACGACUACGAGCAUAGUUAACUAUUUUUGUGUUGCGGUCUUGGAAUCACUUGUGACGACACACUUUUAAUGCACUUAUUCAAGUGCAAGUGUUAUCAAAGAUGUUUUAAAUCAUGUUUCGUUUUGGUAAGAAUUAUUCGUACAAAAAAUUUAUUACAUUAGAUUUUGUUAAUUAAAAUAAAGUCGUGUGCUUUAAAAUUACAGUAAAAAUAAUGCUUGUAACGCAUAUUAAUGUAAUAAAAAUGUGUUAUACAUAUUAUCUGUAAGGCCGAACGCACAUUACUUGUCUAUGGUCGAUUUCAUAGUGGUACGAAAGUUGUAAACAUACUAGGAUUACGCCUGCAAUAAAAAAUAAAAAUCUUUUAAGCUUAUAUUGAAGUGCGGGCAGCUAAGCUCAUUUUAGUCACUCUUCAUGAUCAAUCAAAGCCCAAUAUUUUUAGGCUUGCAUUCAGCCUGAUAAGGCGUGAAGUAAGCUAAUAUACUCAACAAUGUUGUGAAGUACAAAAUACAGUGUAGUUACUUGCAUACGCUUCGUUAUCAACCGAUACUAGUAAUAAGCACUAUUAAGUGGAUUAACGAAACGAAUCGUAUGAGUUUGGAGGAAUGAUUUAAUUUUGAUGAUCGAUAAGAAUUUGGAUGUGUUUAACUUUUUGUUCAUGAACUUUUAUUAAAAUUGCUAUUAUUUUGUAAUAUGCUCUAGUGUUGGGAGUUUUUUUUUUCUGAGGAUAUGUAAAAGGCGGGUCUACUGAUUCCGAUUCUUCUUUAUAGUGCAUGAUCAUAAAGUCAGUGGGGUUGUGACUGCAUUUCCGAUUAUUAAGAAGGAAUUAAGGGGGGAAAGGAUUUAUAUUCUUGUAAAAUGUCAUAAAUAAUAUUGUUAAUAAAAGUUUAUGAAUACGAAAUUUUAGCGCCUAUUUUAAUGAACGAUCCCAACCUAUUUUUCGAUCCGUCGUGAAAAUAGACCAAUCAGAAUAAAGUAUUUUACAAAUGGAUUAUUUUGAUCGGUUUAUUCUCAAGAUCGGGUAGAAGAUCAACUUUGAGAUCGUUUAUUAAAAUCGAUGGUUAGGCAACAAGUCUACUAACAAUACGAGCGAUAGGGAGGCUGUGUUUGAGACAUACUCCAUACACAAAUGAUUUGUUUCGUUAAAGGCUUCACACAUCAAAUUAACUCGACACUGAUUCAAUUCAUUUUAAUACAGCAUCAACCAUUUGUGAACUUAGCGCCUUAGGCCGAAAUGAACUCUAUAUACAGAACAUAAAGUUCACAUUUUAAUGCUGUAAGUUGAUUUAGCGCCGAGUUUUAAGGUGUGUGGAAGCCUUAAUAUUGCUAUAACUAUACCCUUGGGCUGAUCAUAGUAUAGUAGGAGUCAUAAUAUAGACUUAUGUCAAUGACAGCUAUUGACUGUUUUCAGAUUGUACCUGUUUAUUUAGAAUCUUAUCUUCAGAGAAAUAAAGGCCAUUAUUGUAAAUUUCAAACAUUUUGUAAACUUACAUUGAGGUACAAAGUUGAUGAAUUAUGUAAGAUGGCAGAAUCAUCUGGACUGGCUUGUUUUGUUGUAAACCAAAGUGCCUACACCGAUGAGAAGAUUACGGUCUAAUAGCAAACAAAUGUUACUUUAGUAAUCUGCCCACGUAACUUUAAUGUAUUUGAGUAGCUAAUUAAUAAAUUAAUAAUUACAAA